CAUUAUAUUGAAAACAAUACAUCCAGUCGAGAGAGGGAGGGACAGGAAAAAAGAGUGAUGUCAGCAGGGAAGAAGAGAAGGGAGGACUGCCUUGCUUUUUCCUGUCUCCAGCCCCCUCCUCCCUCCUCCUCUUAUCAGCGUGCCAGAGAGAGAAAGGCGAUCAGAAGGAGAAGUAGACGGAUUAACAACUAGCACUGAGGCCAUGGGACAAGAUAAAAUGAAAACAAAGCUGGGAUUGACUGCAAAGAAGUGAAGGAAACAACACUUGUUUAUUGACUAAUACUUAAAGAUUAGCAGAUGCUAACAAGAGGGAAUAAGAAACCAAAAAAGAAAAGUGAAAUUAGACAAGAAGUUCAGGCAUAAGGGUCAGUGCUAGCAGAGAGGAACUGGCGCUUUAUCAGGAAGCAGGUGGAGCCAUUACAGAGAGACACCGGUGUCCAGCAUCACAACUACCAUGUACAGUGGAUAUGGAGGGAGUCCAUCACGAACUCUGUCCACCAUGUCUCUGUCUGUCCGUCCAGUCAGACGCAUCACAUCCAGGUCCAUCACUAGAAGCCAGAGCUUCACUGGAGUUAACACACAGGAGAGGCCUUAUAGGAACCUCUCAGUAUUCAGCACUCCUGGUAUCAGCAGGAAGUCCAGCCGAGCAAGUGGGCUCUUUACUAUGUCUACCAAAGCCAACUCACCACCGAAAGUUCCUCAACCAGAGCGGUUGGAUGAGAUCUACAAUGCUCUGAAAAAAGGGCUCCAGUCUUACCUGCAUGUUUACCAAAUGGAUCUGGAAAACAUCAACAGACAGAUUAGAGUGUCUAAGAGAAAUUCCAGACUGGGUUUCCUUUAUGAGUUAGAUAAGCAAGUUAAGGUGAUUGAACGAUACAUCACAAAGCUGGAGUUUCAUCUCAGUAAGGUUGAGGAGUUUUAUGAAGCCUACUGCCUGCAGAGGAAACUGAGAGAUGGAGCACAUAACAUGAUGAAAGCAUACACAGCCAACCCAGGAAGCAAGGAAGCUAAGGACAGCCUGGGAGAGGCUUCUAAAGGAUACAAGGAAUGCACAGAGAAUAUGUGUGUGAUGGAAAAUGACUUUGAGAACCAACUUGGAGAAUUCCACAUCAGAUUGAAAGGUCUUGCAGGAUUUGCCAGGUUGUGUGCUGGGGAUCAGUAUGAGAUCUUUAUGAAGUAUGGCCGACAACGAUGGAAACUGCGAGGAAGGAUAGAAAUCAAUGGCAAGCAGGUGUGGGACAGUGAAGAGACAGUGUUUCUCCCUCUCAUUAACGAGUUCCUCUCUGUGAAGGUGACAGAACUGAAGAGCUUAGCCAAUCACGUGGUCGUAGGGAAUGUUUCCUGUGAAAUGAAAGACCUGUUUGCUCCACUCACCCAGGUGGUUGCUGUGGAUAUAAAUGACCUUGGCACUCUUAAACUUAGCCUUGAAGUUACCUGGAAUCCAUUUGAUAAAGAUGAUCAGGCUGGUCUUGUCAACAAAACACCAACAGUUUCAUCAAACAUCCUCAGACAACCAGGGACACCACCUGUACGCAGUCAACCCUUCCCUAUCCCUGACGACAGUCCAGAUGUACAAGUAAAAGAGCCACCAUGGUCAAUCUCAGACUCAUCUGAUGACUCCCCCAGUCGUCAGUCAUCUGUGCCGGUGGAACCCAGCUCUCCACCUCUCAUGGGUGGGUUAAGGACCUCAGGAACCGAAACUGAAUCAUUUUCUUCUCCACAGCCUGAGGUUCAAUAUUAUCCUCCUCCAACUGAGAUUCUCAAUGGGAGUUCCACUUUAAAGUCUUCCAACAUCCAAUUUCCAUAUGUAGCCGACAGCCCCAGGAAGAUGGAAGAGGAACCAUUAACAAAUGGCCUUCUUGAGGAGCUGGAUUUGGUGGGAACCAUUAGCCCCAGCCCAGGACACGGGCAGUCUUAUGCUCGCUCUCUGAGUCACAUCAGUGAGAGUAGCACCGAUGGGUUUGUGGAUUCAUCAGUCUGCGAUUCAGGAGACGUAACCUCUCUGAUGUCUGGGAUCUCUAUGAAUGAUAUAGAGAUCUCCCUUAGAAGAUGUGAACCAGCAAGCCCCUCCCUCAUGCACACUGACAUUCCACCAAGCCUCUGUGUUGUGGAGGAAAUCCCAAAUGCCAAUCCCCUUCCUGAGCCAUUCAUUCAUCCACAUGAAGAAUCCUUUUUUCCCCAGGUGGAGAGGGAUGAGCUAAACAGAUUUUAUCCUGACUUAGAGUACACAAACCCAUCCACAACCAGCAGAAAUGGGACCUACAGAGCUCAAAAAGUGUUGGUGACAGAGGACAAGCCAUGUGUGGGAGCAAGUUGGUUACCGGGAGGGAGUGACAGUCUGGUGGACAGUGAGCUGGAGAAUGCCCUGGAAAUUCUUCUUUCCUCUCUGGAUGAUUAUAGAGGACAGUUUCCAGAGUUGCAAACACUUGAACAAAACCUAAGGCUCCUGCAGGUAACUCUGAAGGGGAGCAGUCACAGCCGGUCGGCCAGCUUGGCCAGCCUCUCAGUGGAAUCAGCUUUGGGCAGCUUUGACUUUCUGUCUGACUGUGAGGAAGAUGAGGAGAAGAUGAGUAACAGGAGGAUGCGGAAUGGCAGACAAGAGCAUGGAGGCUGGGACAGUCCUCCCCUCCUCCAUUCACCUCUCACCACCAGCUGUGCCACUCUGGACUCCUCCCUGGUGGUCCAUCUGAAGAACUGCACUACACAGCUUUUGCGUCUUGGCACAUUUGGUCCCCUGCGCUGUGGAGAGAUGUACGCCUUAGAUAAACUGCUGAGAGAGACACGUGUUUUUGAAAUCAUCCUUCGAAUCGUUAAGGACAACCCCAAUCGGCCCAGGCAGCCUGCUGAAGUGAUACCAGAGCUGGGCCACUGCUUCGGUGCUCUGUCCCUCUGGGAGCAGAGUACAGAGUAUGGCACUGUGUACUGUGUCUCUGUUGAGAACUUUCUCUCCACUUUGUCUACAUCAUACUCCAGCAUGCCUCAUGGAAGGGCUGAUGCAGUGUUCUUGUACCUAGUUGAGCAAAUUUUGGAUCAGAGGUUACCACGACGAGGCAACACAGGCAAAGGAGUUAUCACAGUGUUUCAGCUGUGGAGUUACUUGGAGUCUAACGGGAUCAGUGACAUGGAGAUGCACAUUUCUGAGUUAGCAGAAGAGGUGUUCCUGGUGCAGAGCCUCAGAUCCACCGACCUGGAUGUGAUUAUGAAUACUUUGAGACGGCCUCCUGAACGCAACCUGAGGAGAGGAGAGCUCCAUGCUCUUGCCAAGUUAUUGAAAGAUCCACGAGGCAAAGUGUCAACAUCUGCCAGCUCUUUACUGAGAGGCCUGACUACUCAGCCCACACAGAGAGAACAGGCUUUGGUGCACUGCUUGGAGCUGCUGGAAGAUGAAGACAUAGACACCAGAGUGUGUGGAUGCAAAGCUUUGGCAUGUCUCAAGGCUAAAGAAAGCAUUGAGCAGCUGGUGUAUAUUUGUCAGACAGACAAGGAAGAUGUCCGAGAUGCUGCCAAACAAACACUGCUGACACUGGGUGAGGAAGGAAAGAUGGCUUACAGACAUGUGGAGAUAUCUCAGGACAGCUUGCCGAGACUUUUUGCUCCAGGAAGCAUGGCCAGCACAGCCUUCUGACCAGACACAGCCACUGACAGUCCCAGCAUAUCAACCACAUGGCAUUACAGUAUCUACUGUGUCCAUCAGCUAAUAUGGAGGACUAGCUGUAACUUAAACCUUUAUUUAGCAGUCAUCUAUAGUUAGGAGUUCUUCAAACAAAUUGGUCACAAAUGAUGACAUUUCUGAAAUAUGAGCUAAAUUGAUAAAGAAAUGAAGUUCAACCUUCAUUAUACAGUAUGAAGAACUUUUACAAAGUGUUACCCAAACACAUAGAAUGGAGUCCAGUAAAGGCUCCAUUUAGUAAGUUGUUGUUGCUCCUCGUUUCUGUAGGAAACCAGUUGUGGCCACAUCAGGCUUCAGAUUUCUGUAGCCAUGGUGACUGAUGCAUACAGACCGAAUGUAACCAUGACGAGAACUGGCUCCAUGGAACCUGCAUCAUCUGCCAUGUGGAGUGAACAUUUGAAACAGAACUCUGGUGGUCUGCAGAAAACAGCAGGCCUUCAUUCCACUUCUAGUGGUAUUAAACAACAGCCAUUUCUGAGGAAAAUUACACAGAAUAAUCAAUUGGUAUUAAAACAGUUAUUGAUAAAUACUUUGUAUACUGUUUCUUGUGGGGUUGCCUUAACUUUUGCUAUAAUGUCUCUCAGGAAAAGAUUAUUAAUACUGGUAGAAAGCUUUAGUGCAGUAAAGGUAUACCAACUGACAUGUGCAAGAUCAGAAUGUCUGAGUUACAGUUAAUGUCUGAGAUCUGACUGACAGCUGUCAGCUAGCAGGUUGUAAGGAAUAAAGAAGAUUAGAGCAAAGAAACAAGACUCACAAUCAUCAGUCAUAUCUUGUUCAAUAUGAGCCAGGACUGAGCAUUGGACUGUGGGAACCAGUGGUUGAAUCAAACAUUUAUUUGAUUCUUAAGAUGUAGAUAAUUAAACAAAUACAAUUGAAUUAUGCUUUUUAUUGCACAUAUAAAAUAUUCCCCAUAUUCAGGUCAGUAGUGGCCAAAGACAGAAUAUUUAAAAUAAAGUUGGUGAGUUAACAAAGUUACAUCAUCAGUAGUCAUCAUUAUGACCCCUUUUAAUGCAACUUCUCUUCAGCAACUUCUCUUCUUUAUAUUCCUUUCUUCACAUCUUUAUUCCUCAACUCUCUUAUUAGUAGAUUUUUUUAAGUGACUCCCACAGCCACUAUUUGUGACCUUUUUUCAUUUGACUGGUUAACAUCAUCUAGCUUCAGGUUUGUCCAACAAAUAAACUGAAUGUAUAAUGUGUUUUCAUCCAGACAAGUGGUGUGUGGCUUAUAAUGAUGUGAAUUAUCCUCCUUUUCAGAAUUGUAAUACAAAUAACUCAUUCUGCCAAGGAGGCCUUUAUGUUGAAUGUUGCUAUAUUUGAAACAGAUUGAAGGAGAGAACGCAGUAGUUUCUGCUGUUGCAGAGUGCCAUAAAGUUUUAAAUUAUUCUUUUGAAUGAAGCUCCAAUAGAAGUUUAUAUUGAAGUUUAUUGUUCUGUGAAUACAUGUUUUUGAUUUGUGUUGAGAUUUAUUUGACCAAUUUUCUGUAAAUGAUCUAUUGAAGAUUAACUGUCCCAGAUUACAGCAAUCUGCAAACAGGGCAGGGCUUUAAAGAAAAACUUCUAUGUUGCUAUCUGUUAGCUAAAUGUUAUAGGAAUCAUUGUCCUUGAAGGAACCUACCCAAACACACCAAAGCUGUAUUACACCAGUGUUUUACAAACAGUUUUAAAGUUUUGUGUGAAAAUUAUAUAUUUAGCUUUUAGCAUUUUCUUCUGCAAUAUUAAUCUGACAUUUUCUAAAGUGUGUUCAUUAAAUUAAGCAAAUAAAAAAAAAGACAUGUCAGUCAUUAAAUUAGUGAUGACAUUUAAUCAGAAUAACUGCAAAAACAUAAGGGUGCUUCUUUCCUGUGAUGUGUUUUUAUCUAAGAAUUUGUAAAUAUUUUUCUUAUUUUCAGAAAAUGAUAAGGAAUUAUUUCUUUUUUUAUUUUGGAAACUGGGAUUUCUUUCCAUUCUGAAUGUUGACAAAUUGCUGUAAGUUAUAGAGUGAUGAUUGUUCUGUAUCUGGCUGUAUAUGAACUGGAUUGGAUCACAGAUUAUUGCAUCUUGACAAACAUUGUCACAAAAGACUCACUGAAAAUGCCAAACUGUGGGACACCAAUCAACUCACUUGCUUAUCCUAAGUGCAAUUUGUUUUGUUAAUCUAACAGUAGCAUUACUCUGCCUUUUCCUCUGCAAUAUCACUGCACUGUGAAGUAUAUUGUUAAUAUUUUUGAUAAAUUAUAUAAUAAAAUAAUGUUCUCACUU